UAGAAAUUGGUCCGUGUGGUAAGCAUUGUAUUCAAGAUGGAGACCGCCAGUAAAAUGAGCCUAGCAGCUCUACAACAACAAGAUCCGUAUAUCAACAAACUUCUCGAUGUUACCGGACAGGUAGCACUGUACACCUUUAAUUCCAAAGCAAAUGAAUGGGAAAAGACCGAAAUUGAAGGCACCUUAUUUGUUUAUGCCAGGUGUGCAUCCCCUCAUCAUGGCUUCACCAUCAUGAAUCGCCUGAGCACAGAGAAUCUGGUGGAGCCCAUCAACAAAGACCUUGAGUUUCAGCUCCAAGACCCCUUCCUGCUGUACAGGAAUGCUAACUUGGGCAUAUACAGCAUCUGGUUUUACGAUAAGAAGGACUGCCAGCGCAUCGCUCAGCUCAUGGUGAAGAUUGUGAAGCAGGAAGCCUUGCAGGGCCACCGGUGCUCCCCAGAAAGGGCUGACGUCCCUGGGAGGACCAAUGGCUGCUCCAUUGACAUCCUGGAGCUCCUCAGCAAGGCCAAGGAUGAGUUCCACAGGACUCAGGUGGAGGAAACAGAGAUGUCCGUUACUGCUGAGCAGAGGGUGAACACCGAGACGCUGAAAUCAGCCGGUGACACUACAGAGCACGCUCACAGCGCCUCACAGCCAGAGCAGAGCUCCCACUCUGGCCAGAGGCAGAUCACUGUGGAGGAGCUGUUUGGCAGUUCUCUACCGAAGGAGGCCAGCCUGCUGCCAGCCAUUCCCACCCGGAGUUCCACAGACCCUGCUGCCACGGCAGGCCUCCAGGCCCAGAGCUAUGCUCCGCCCAUCCCUUUCCAGCCCUUACUGACACCUCGGCUCACAGCAGACCCAGGGGGAAACAACCGGCACCUCACCCCUGGUCUGAUCUCCCUGAUGGAGGCCAGAGGGAGCCCUGGCCCAGGCUACGCCCUCUACCCUGUGUUCCCCGGUGGACCUUCAGGGGACCCCCAGCACUCUGUGUCCCCACUGUUGGUGACGCCAUCUGGGGUUGAGGCUUGCGGUCCUCCACCUGGCCCUCUGUCGGCCUACCUGGGGAAGGAACCAUCCUACCUGAAACCCAGCCCCUCUGAUCUCCACAAACCUGCCCUCACACCUAGCGUCUUGCCCAGCCUGCUGGCCACACCCCAGAGCUUCAGAGAGCCAAUCACCAAGCCCGCUGCCCUCGGCAGCAUGCCCACAGGCCGUGUGCAGGCUGUCCCUAUGAAGGCGGGUCUUGUGGUACCGGGGGCGGGCACUUCACUUACAGGGGCAAAACACUCCAUUCUGCUCUCACCAAGUGCCUUUCAGCAUUCUGUUGCCAAGACAAUGGAACUGCAGAGGAAAGCUGCCCCUCACUCGCCUCCGCCCGCAGCCACAGGGGUGGUGGAGCUCCCCCAACCCUCCUACAACAGGAUCCAGUUACAAGACGCACUCAUCCACCUCAUCAAGAAUGACCCAGUGUUUCUCAGUGCCAUCCAUGAGGCCUACCUCCACAGUCUCUCCAAGGACCUGAGCCACGUCAAGCUAUAGCCCCAUUCCAAACCUGAGGCUGGGCCUGGACACGCCUGGACAGGGGCACCGGCCAACCUAACCUACAGGUACUGGACCACUGGGGGCUACUGCUGGCCAUGUGCAGAGGCACAAACACUCCUAACUUGAGACACAAACUAGCUCUGUACCUCUGGAGCAGCUAUGUGACUGCAGGAGGAGGACGGGACUCGAAUGUAGGAGGCUCAUAUCAUUGUUCUCCUACCCUGUGUGGAGGAGAAGGUGAAUGGGGACAUGUUACAGUCACAGUAGUGUCAAAUCAAGUACGCACUCUAGUAAGACAUAUUGUUGAUGAGAAAUAAACCCCUGGGGAAGGAGGAUGAUAAUAAGGGUAAACCGUAAACCCUCAUAUGUCUUGGGAAAGAGCCUCCGGCCCUCUAUGGUGAGGUCAGUGCUUAGGGACUUGCUGUGCAUGCCAAAAUUCAUUCAACUCCAGGUCCACUUCCUUGUUCUUCCUCAGUACAGCUGGGAUUCUACACACAUGCUCUCUCUCGUACCCCGUCUCUCUCUUUCUCAACCUCUCGUGAUCCUUCUUUCUGUCAUUCCCUCACCCCAUUCAUGACCACCAGCCUCUGUCGCUGUAUGCCUGUUAAGGGAUGUGUGCAAUAGAUUGCAAUGCCUUUUGGGAGAUUAUAGUUUUUUUUUUGUGUGUUUUUUCCCACGAGUUUAGACAGAGAAUUGUUGUAUUCAUUUAGGCCCUAUUACGUGGGGUGAGGCAGUAAAAGCUACUGCAAGACUGUACCUGAGCUAACUGCAAUCAUCAAAAGGAUAAUCUUGUUUAAUAAGGUUGAUGUCCGUGCCCUUGUGGAAAUCCAAUUGGCAUAAUGAUUUUUUUUUAAACAUAAAAAUCAGUCAGUUUAAGCUAGAGAUCCACUGCAUCGGCCUAUAUCACGCUUCCACAUCUGGUGAAUGGUGACAGAGCUAGAGCGGUGUUUGUCAGUUCAUGAACAUCCCGAAAAUCGGUCUUCUCACAAAAUGGUCUGCAGUGUCUGAACAGUGACCCCUCUAUGGAAGGAUGGAUACUCUCACCAACACCAUAGUGUUCUCCGUUUUGCCCUACACCCGCCACACGUCAACAGACUUGUCUGAAGUCGGUACAGACCAUCUGCCAACUUCUGUCUGUAGCGUCCCAACCGUUUGGGCUACACACUAAUAUGACCACUCUGUGGAAAGGUGAGACUGUCACGAAUGUGUACAGUACCAGUCAAAAAUUGACACACCUACUCAUUCAAGGGUUUUUCUUUAUUUUGACUAUUUUCUACAUUGUAGAAUAAUAGUGAAGACAUCAAAACUAUGAAAUCAUGUAGUAACCAAAAGUGUUAAACAAAUCAAAAUAUAUUUUAUAUUUGAGGUUCUUCAAAGUAGCCACCCUUUGCCUUGAUGACAGCUUUGCACAUUCUUGGCAUUCUCUCAACCUGGUUAUAUUAGUGUGAAUGGAAGUAUAUAUGGAGACUGUUUAACCAAAUAUAUGGGGUUAAAUAAGAUAUUUCUUAUAUCUCUCAGGUAUAAACAAACUUCCUUUUGAUAUUUUUGGGGCCUAUCUGUUCCGUGUUGUGAAUCUGUUAUUCAAUGUGUUUGUAUGGGCUAAUAGCAGUAAGACCCCCAAAAAUGUUCAUCAAAUAAUUGGAGUAUUUUUUGAUACUUCAAGGGGUCUUAAAAUUCUAAAUAAAUAGCUAAAUUAUUAUUGGUAUGAACUUCUUAAAACAAUUCCAUAUAUCUUAGUAGAUCUCCCUCCCCCAGCUUUGCGACCUGUAUAUUAGACACAGUAUAUUCUCCCACUGUCUGUGUUCUCCACUCUGCAGCCAACAGCUGAAAGGGACUAGUAUGUCAUGACAGGUUGAGUCAAUGUGUAUAUCUUUGAUCUUGUAGGUCAGUCAGUCAGUUUUGAAUGUUUUUGAUAACGCCACCCUCCCCUCUUACACAUAUCUGACCAUGUGCCGCACUGCCAAUCUACACUGAGUGUACAUAACAUUAAGGACAGCUUCCUAAUAUUGAGUUGCACCCCCCCUUUUGCCCUCAGGACGGCAUCAAUUAGUUGGGGCAUGGAAAGCGUUCCACAGGGAUGCUAGCCCAUGUUGCCUCCAGCGCUUCCUACAGUUGUGUCAAGUUGGCUGGAUCCCCUUUGGGUGGUGGACCAUUCUGGAUACAGAUGGGAAAUUGUUGUGUGUGAAAAACACAGCAGCAUUGCAGUUCUUGACACAAACCGGUGUGACUGGCACCUACUACCAUACCCGGCUCAAAGGCACCUAAAUCUUUUGUCUUGCCCAUUCAGGUAAAGUGUAUGGAGUAAAAAGUACAUUAUUAUCUUUAGGAAUGUAGUAAAGUAAAAGUAGAAAUUGUCAAAAAUAUAUAUGGUAAGGUACAGAUACCAAAAAAGUACUUUAAAGUAUUUUUACUUAAGUACUUUACACCACUGAUGGAAGAGCAGGUGUCAAUAUUUUGUGCACUCAGUCCAUGUUCACAUGAUUUGAUCACGCACAGUAUGUAUUUCAGUUUGUCUGCACUCAAUCACACAUUUCAUUUCAUUUGACAGACUUAAAGAAUGGUGGUGUUAAGCUAUAGACAAUGGAGGAAAUGGAGAACCUCAUCUAAACAAAUAACUGAUCAACACAUUGUUGUCAAAGGAAUUUUAGUUUUUGACCUCGUCUCUUGAUUUCUUUCAGCCAGAAAGUAUAUGUAAGUUUCUUUGUAGUGUAAGAAGAGAACCUCUUACUUCAUGCACAUUGUUUUCACGUAACACCCCAGUCAGUAAAACCCAGUCAGUAAAAAGCAGUUCAUGAGUAGUUUGUGACUCAAUUUGGUUCCUCAAUAAUAUAUUUUUCUUCUUCUAUAACACCGUUUUAUUGGCUCCUUGAUGCAUGUUGUUUGAUAGGUGUGUUUUCAGACAGGAUAUCAAAGUUUACUCCCCUGUGUACAUAUUAUUUAGUCACAGGAUCAAUACUGGAGGAGAGAAUAGAGGCCCGGAGAUAAAAAAUAAAUAAAAAAUGUCUAAGAUUAUUUUACACUGUGUUAAAGUAUGCCUCUUAUUUGUCAGUGUCAGUUUAAUGAGUUAACUUGUCUAAUGAACCAUGUCAUUUUUUACGUUUUUUUUUCUGUCACUGUGCUUUUGUUUAUUAUAAAUAUUUUGUGAUAUUAAAGAUUAAGUGAAGUUUU